AUGCAGGUGGAAGGAACACCUGUGAGGAACCAAUACAUCAAGUAUUUCUCAGAAGUGAUACUACGUAUACCCGUACUCCCCAACAGAUUGCCACUUCUGGAAUUUGCUCAGAUCGCUGCAAACUUCCCUCUCUCGGAGGUUGUUGACCAUUUGCAGUCUUUCGGAGGGUCUCCCGUCAAGGCAUCAUCGAAUCAUGCCAUCCAUCAAUUGGCGAACAUCCUUUCGCUGUCCAGCCAGAGAAUCACCCGCUUUGGGGAUGGAAAAACGCUUGCUUCUUACUUAGCAGUGAUCACAUCGCUACAGGAUCAGGUACCUGUGAUGUCUUUGACAACGCCACGGACCUCCACUGGCGAAGUUGAUGCCGAUACACAGAAGCGGCUUGCUGUUCUGCCAUCCGUCAAGCAUGUUUCUGCAAUACUGGCUGUAUCAGCCAAAUCGCCGUCGACGACAAGACCUGCUCUGUACGCCUUUCUAUGCUCACUGCUUUUCAGCUGGCCAGAAGACACAAGAAAUACCGUGUUCAACAUAGUAUUGUAUGGCCUCGGCGUCGAAGCAGGCAUUGCGUCCACUGCAUUAGCUGGCGGCUUCGUUCGAGAGAUUUGGAGAGGCUACCUCCGCUCAUCACCUUUGUCAAGGAGCCUGGGCAACCCAUCAUCGGCCAACGGCUGGAAAGCAUUGCGGCAGGACAAGGAAGGCUGGCCUGCACUCGUCCUAUUAUUGGAGCUUUAUUCCAAGCUACUCCUCACACUCGGUGAUGACGAGUUUCUGCCGCCUCGAGGAGGUCUCAUUGCCGUUGCUCGAAAUCCUCUAAGUAUUGACGAAGUCUUGUCAUUCGGAGCGGUGCUGCGCAAUCUCGCUUUCAGUCUGUACUGGGAGUUGGAUCCUCCCGUGGCUUCUUCCUCGCAAGCAGCCAAUCGCGGUGGUGCCGCCCACAUGGUGCCUGGCUUACGUCUCAGCUUUCUCACGCUGCGCGAUGGUGCUACUCGACUGCUGCAACAACUUCACGCUCGGGACGCACGACAUCGCUUCACUCCCGAGGGCUUCUGGCUGAUGACGAAAGACAUGGACAUCGAAUCAUUCGUCGAGUCCGUUUUGCUCGAGGAAGACAAGAUUGCUGGCGACAACGCUGAAGCAGAGGCGGCAGCGAGCGAGGCGGCAGCUGCUGCAGCAGGCGAUGGGCUCGCCUUUAUUUCUCCGCGUCUUGGUAUUCUCAACAACCUGCCUUUUGUCCUGCCCUUUGCCACUCGAGUGGAGAUCUUUGAGACGUUCGUCUUUCGCGACGCUCGUCGCAAUGACAUUCGGCAGAAUACUGGUUUUCAAAGACGCAAGAGGGUCACGAUUCGGCGAGACCAUGUAGCCGAGGAUGGCAUGGCUCAGCUCAAUGGCCUAGGCAGUGCGCUUAAGGAGAGCAUCGAGAUUGUCUUUGUCGAUCAAUUUGGCAUGCAAGAGGCAGGUAUUGAUGGUGGAGGCGUCUUCAAGGAAUUCCUGACAUCUCUUGCUCGAGAAGCAUUCGACACCGACCGUGGUCUGUGGAAAGCAACAGAGCAAGAGGAGCUGUUUCCGAAUCCGCAAUCGUAUGCUCGCCAGUCGGAACAGCUGUCCUGGUAUGCAUUCUUGGGACGCAUCUUGGGAAAAGCCCUGUACGAAGGCAUUCUAGUGGACGUGCGCUUUGCGCCCUUUUUCCUCAGCAAGUGUUUAGGUCGACGGGGACUGUCGCACUUGGAUGAUUUGGCGUCACUCGAUUCUCUGGAUUCGGAACUGUACCGUGGGCUGAUCUACCUCAAGAACUACACCGGAGACGUCGAGCAAGAUUUGUCCCUUAACUUCACUGUUACCGACGAAGAGUUUGGAGUGCGCAAAAGUACAGAGCUGAUGCCCAACGGCGCCAACAUUGCAGUCACCAACAAGAAUCGCUUGAGUUACAUCUUCCUCGUCGCCAACUACCGUUUGGACGCUCAGAUCCGGGCUCAGUGCAAUGCCUUCUUUGCCGGCCUGUCAGAGCUCAUUGACCCUCGUUGGCUGCGCAUCUUUAAUCAGACUGAGCUGCAGGAGCUGAUCAAGGGCAGCGACUCUCCGAUAAACAUUGCCGAUUUGCGAGCCAACACCGUCUUGUCAGACUACCACGAAAAGGACCUCACUAUGACCUACCUUUGGGAAACACUAGAGUCCUUCGAUCAGCCGACCCGUGCUCAGUUCCUCAAGUUUGUCACAUCUUGCCCCUCGCCACCUUUACUUGGCUUUGGUCAGCUCAACCCGCGCUUCUGCGUUCGGUGCAGCGGAGACGACGAGCAGCGCCUUCCGACAAGCAGUACCUGCGUAAACCUGCUUAAGCUGCCUCGCUACAAUAGUUUGGAGACGACGAGGGAGAAGCUGCUGCUGGCGAUCAGAAGUGGCGCCGGAUUUGAUCUGUCUUGAUUGUAUAAAUAGACCGUUGAUGUUGUCAAUUUUACGGCUCUUU